AUCAGUGCUUCAGUCAGAGCGGAGGAAGGCAGCUGAACCUCACACAUGAGAACACACUCUGCAACAGCGAGUCAACUAGCGAUAUGGUCAGGGGAUCAACCGUCAGUGGCUUGGGAAAUCCACACCUAACCACCAGUUGAGGAUGUUAAAAUGCCAGUCCACAGGCUCCCUCCCAUCCUGCUUUGCUUGUUACUCAUGUGGGGAAUCCUAACAUCGGUCUCAAGUCAUCCAAAACACAGCCCAUGCCAGCUGAUACAAAGGACGGCUCUCUGCAACAAUGGCAAGUUCUCCUCUGUGCCUUCAGGACUGCCAGACAACCUUGAAGAGCUUCAGCUCAACUACAAUCACAUUCAAACACUACAUGACAGCUCUCUUCAUUUCUCCUCACUAAAUACAUUGAGCUUAGCUUGUAACAAUUUGGAGAAAUUAGAAGCAAACACUUUUCAAGACUCAAAAUUAUCAUUAGAAAGCCUUAAUUUAGCAAAUAACAAUCUUCAUAUUGGCUACCAGGAAACCAGCCAUGCAUUCAAGACUCUAUCCAAGCUUAGAGCUCUGGAUCUCUCUGAGAAUGAGCUUGAUGACGAAAUGGCAGCCACUCUUCUCCAAAAUCUGACCUCCCUGGAGUACCUCAAUCUUUCUGGAAACUUCUUGCAGAGAUUGGAUGAGACGUCAUUCAGGGAUCUUCACCAACUCAAAGAACUCGACCUACAGAAAAACAUCAUGUUCGAGAUUGAUGGUGCCUUUGACAGUAAUUCUAAACUCCAGCGGCUAAACUUGGCCUUCAACUCUCUGCUUUGCCUGACAGACUUCCACAUGACCCAGCUUGUGGUCCUCAAUGCCAGCCACAACUACAUUGAGUGGUUCAUCUCCAGACCAGACCUUAACGACACUUUCCAGCUGGAGGCACUCGAUCUGUCACAUAACAAACUGCUCUUCUUUCCUUUCUUGCCUAACCACAGCCACUUGCGUAAUCUUUACCUAUCCCACAACAGCAUUAGGUUUUACGAACACUUGGCAGACAACGACAUGUUCCCCAACUCGACUUCAAGUGUGGAGUUCUACAAUAUGGAGAAGUACUCUGGCAAUGUGACAGCUCAGCUGUGGGACGAGAGCCUUCAUGGUGACAUCUCAUCUCUGGAGAUUUUAGAUCUGAGAGGAAACCAGGUGGAGUAUUUUCCUCAAGGAUUCAUCCAGAAAAUGCCGUACCUAUCUAGACUUCAAAUGAGCACAAACUGUCUGGAAACCUUAAACCUAACGUCAAAACAGUUGUCUGGCAGCUUAUAUGAGUUGGACGUUAGCAACAACAGGCUGAACCAGAUUGUCGCAGAUAAUGAUACGCUGACCUCUCUUGGCAAUCUGACGUACCUUAACCUUAGUCUGAAUGAUCUUGGGGGAUUACCCUUGGGAUUAUUUUCCUCAUUACCAAGCCUCAGGUCAGUGGAUCUCAGUUAUAACAACAUUGACAUCUGCCUUCCUGAGGAAGUUGAGACCAGUACAGACACUAGCUUGGAUUGCGCAGAUUGGAAAAACAUCGUAUCGCUAAGGCAGCUUUACCUUAAGGGAUGCAACCUUGAAAGAAUUCCAUCAUCUGCAUUUGCUGGGUUGUCUCUUACGCACUUAGAAUUGUCCGACAACCCUGGACUCAUUGUCCAAGAAUCAAUCCAAAGUCUCAGCAAGACGUUACAGCAUCUAGGUUUAGGAAACACUCACAUACAAGACUUUGACUUCUCCCACUUCCAACGUCUGAAGUCUUUGAAUAUUUCAAGGAACUCUCUAGCCCACCUCCCCCCUUCACUUCUAAGUCUUGACCUGAAAGUGCUGGAUUUGAGGGACAACAGACUGUCCACUAUUCCCACUGGUCACGCCAACACAUUAGCCCAAAAACUGCAUACUGUUUUCCUCACAGGAAAUCCGUUCAACUGCUGCCAAACUGAAUGGUUCAGGACAUUUGAAACAACAAAGACAAUCAAUAUGGUUGGACAAUCAGACAUCGAAUGUCAGGAUCUGAUUCAAAAAACACACAGAGUGGAGCACUUCCAGUCAUUUUUGUGUUUGGAGGUAGGCGGGGAAUCUCUGCUAUGGUACAUUCUGCUUUUACUACCCAUCUGUCUUUUUUUUGUGGGCUUUUCGAUCAUUGUCCUCCUCACCUUUAAGCCCCAAAUGCUACAAAUGUCAAUCAAAAAGAAGUGCUUAAAGCCUACAUCUUACUGAUACUUUAUAAACCUGCAACAAACCACAUUUGUACAGUAUAUUAUUGAAAAAUGUAACUGAAUGUAUUUUGAAAUAAAUUCAAGUCAUUGUUAA